GAAAGAAGCUGAAAUGUCUUCGAUCAGAUAAUGGAGGCGAGUAUACUUCCAAGGCGUUCGAUGCAUAUUGUAGAGAAUAUGGCAUUCGACAUGAGAAGACAGUACCACGCACCCCUCAGCACAACGGCGUUGCUGAAAGAAUGAACCGGACUAUCAUGGAGCGUGUCCGGAGCAUGCUGAAUAUGGCUAAACUUCCGAAGUUAUUCUGGGGAGAAGCAGUCAACACCGCAUGCUAUCUUAUGAACCGAUCACCUUCAGUACCACUGAACUUUGAAGUUCCAGAGAGGCUAUGGACAGGUAAGGAUCCUACAUACUCACAUCUUAGAGUAUUUGGUUGUUCAUCGUAUGCACAUGUAUCCAAAGAGCUCAGGCAGAAGCUCGAUGCAAGAACUAUCCCAUGCAUUUUCGUUGGCUAUGGAAAUGAAGAGUUUGGAUACAGGCUAUGGGAUCCUAAGGAGAAAAGGGUGUUCAGAAGUAGGGAUGUUUUGUUCCACGAAGAUUUGACAAUAGAAGACAUUGAAAAACCCACAAUGUCUCGGAAGUCAAAUGAGGGUGUUCAAGUUUCAAAUGAAGUACCAGAAGAGGACAAAGUGCAUGAAGAUAACUCUGAAGCAGAAGAAGACGAGGAGACAGAAGAGAGUGCAGGGCAAGGGGAGACACAAUCCACCCCGUCAGACACAGAUGAUGGUAGCUCUUCUCAGAUGGUUCCUACUGUUCGUAGAUCUGAACGAGGGCAUAUACCAUCGACAAGGUACACAUCAUCUGAAUAUCUUUUGUUAACUGAAGAUGGAGAACCAGAGAGUUUUCAAGAAGCUGUAUCUCAUAAGGAUAAAGAAAAAUGGCUAAUAGCAAUGCAGGAUGAGUUAGAAUCUCUGCAGAAAAAUCAAACUUAUGAGAUCGUAGAACUUCCUAAAGGGAAGAAGGCACUGAGGAACAAAUGGGUGUUCAAGCUGAAGAAGGAUGCAAACGGACAAGUGGUGAAACACAAAGCUCGGUUGGUUGUCAAAGGGUUCCAGCAGAAGAAAGGAAUUGACUUUGAUGAGAUCUUUGCACCAGUUGUCAAGAUGACCUCGAUCCGAAUUAUACUUGGCUUAGCAGCAAGUAUGAACUUGGAGCUUGAACAGAUGGAUGUGAAGACAUUUCUUCACGGAGAUUUGAAAGAAGAAAUCUAUAUGCAGCAGCCGGAAGGUUUUGAGAACUCAAAUGAUAAUUUUGUGUGUAAAUUAUCUAAGAGUUUGUAUGGCUUGAAGCAGGCACCAAGGCAGUGGAAUAAGAAGUUUGACUCAUGCAUGAAGAGUCAAGGCUACAAGAAGACUACUGCAGAUGAGUGUGUAUACAUCAAGAAACUUCCAGACGGUACCUUCAUUGCUCUUCUACUAUAUGUAGACGACAUGUUGAUCGUUGGGAAAGAUGCAGUGAAGAUAAACCAACUGAAGAAAGAACUCUCUAAGUCUUUUGAUAUGAAAGACUUAGGACCGGCUCAAUAGAUUCUUGGGAUGCAGAUCACUCGAGACAGGAAGAAUCGCAAGUUAUGGCUAUCUCAGGAGAAGUACAUUGAACGGGUACUUAAGAGAUUCAACAUGAAUGAUGCCAAGCCAGUAAGUGUUCCACUUGCGAAUCACUUCAAAUUGAGCAAAAGAACAUGCCCUACAUCCAAGGAAGAGAUCGGGGAGAUGUCAGCAGUUCCAUAUUCUUCAGCAGUUGGGAGUUUGAUGUACGCCAUGGUAUGCACAAGGCCAGACAUCGCACAGGCAGUGGGUACAGUGAGUCGUUUUCUCUCUAACCCCGGGAAGGAGCAUUGGGAGGCAGUCAAAUGGAUUCUCAGGUACUUGAAAGGUACCACGAAGUUAUGUCUUUGUUACGGAGGAGCUGAUCCAGUCUUGGAAGGCUACACAGAUGCUGAUAUGGCAGGAGAUACUGAUAGUAGAAAGUCUACUUCAGGAUAUAUUUACACUUUUGCAGGGGGAGCCGUUUCUUGGCAAUCAAGAUUGCAGAAGUGUGUCGCUUUAUCUACAACAGAAGCAGAAUACAUUGCUGCCGCUGAAGCAGGUAAGGAAAUGUUGUGGCUAAAGCGUUUUCUCCAAGAACUUGGGAUCCAUCAGAAAGAGUAUAAGGUACAUUGUGACAGUCAGAGUGCUAUAGACUUGAGCAAGAACUCCAUGUACCAUUCUCGUACAAAGCAUAUUGACAUUCGGUAUCACUGGAUACGGGAGACGAUUGAUCAACAACUGUUGAGACUAGUGAAGAUCAAUACAAAGGCGAAUCCAUCAGACAUGCUGACGAAGGUGGUGACACGGGAUAAGCUAGAGCUGUGCAGAGACAUAGUCGGGAUGCUUGUUUUGAAUAUGCCUAGAAGGGGAGAAUUGAAGAAUUCAAUUUCCAGGUCAUAUCCAAGUACAAGCAAAUUGAAGAAUUCAAUUCAUAGCUUCCAUGAAGCUUCCUCCAUGUGCAAGAAUGACAAGGGGAGCUUCCUCAACCACCAUUGAAGCUUCCUCAUGUUCCAUUGAAGCUUCCUCCUAGCUUCAACACAUCUUCCUCCCACCUUCAUAGUACCUAGUUUUGGUGCUAUAAAUAGAGAGCUUGGAGAGUCUUUCUAUCAUCAAGUAAAUUAGAAUAGAUCAUCAUAGCACAACCAAGAAGAGUUGUGAAUAUCCUUGAGAGAUAUGUGAGGUGUUUUGAGAGUUUUUAGUUAGAGCUUGUAUGUCUCUUCUUUCUAUUCUUGAAAGUAAUAGAAGUGUUUUUCUCUCAUAUAAGCACGAUCCUGUUAUUCCCAACAUUCACCUAUGAAGGAAACGUGAAACUCAACAAGGGGAAUUAGGGUUUGAGCUCUCUAAUAUAAGAAGGGUUGCUUUUGUGCAUUCUUUUAUAAUAAAUCCUAAUUAGAUGUCUGAAUUGGGAUGUUUAGUUUGGGAUGUUUUUAAUUGAGAUGAAAUGUUUCUAUUCUGUUUAAGUCUGAUCCGUUAGAUGUUAGUUUAGUUUAGUUUGGUAGAUGUCUGAAUUGGUUUAGUUUAGUUUGGUAGAUGUCUGGUCUAUGUAUAUUAUACAAUUGUUAGAGUAUGAUAUGAUAUGUUCUGAUCUAUUUAAGUCUGAUUAAAUUUGAUAAGAGACUAUAAAAACAUUGUAGCCCUAUUAUAAUAUAGUUUGGGAACUAAAACAAAUACUCCACACACAAUAGUGAACAACUCGUCAACUUCUAAG